AUGGCUCAAGGUAAAUUAUACGUUAGUAGAAGUACUAGAUCUGCUGCUGCUGAAGCUUUGAUUUCUCACUUCAAGCUAGAUUUCGAUAUUGUCCAAAAGGAUGACUGCGAAGAAUUCGCUACCCUUUUCCCAUUGAAGAAGGUCCCAGCUUUGACUGGUCCAAACGGUUUCAAGCUAACUGAAGCCCUUGCUAUCAUUUACUACUUGGUCGAUUUGAUCGGUGAUGAAAAAGUUAAGGCUAAAUUGGUUGGUACCAACACUAAGGAAAAAGCUCAAAUCUUAAGAUGGGCCUCUUUGACUAACAGUGACUUAGCCUCUGUCAUUUACAAGCCAUGGUUUUUGAUCACUGUCGGUCCAUACAACAAGAGAGAAGUGGAAACUGCUAACGCUACCAUUGAAAAACUUGCUGCUGUUUACGAAGCCAGAUUAAAGGAAUACACUUACUUGGCCACUGAAAACAUCUCUUUGGCUGAUUUGCAAGGUGCUGGUCAAUGGGCUUUAGGUUUCGCUACCACUUUUGGUCCAGAAUUCAGAGCUAAAUACCCAGCUUUAACUAGAUGGUUCAAGACCGUCUUGGCUGGUCCAAUUAAGGCUCCUCGUUUCCAAGAUUUCACUUUCCCAGAAAAGACUUUGGAAUACGUUGCACCAAAGAAGGAAAAGAAGCCAAAGGCUGAAAAGAAACCUGCUGCUGAAAAGAAGCCAGAAGCUGCCGCUGAAGCUCCAGCUGAAAAGAAACCAAAGCAUCCAUUAGAUUUAUUAGGAAGAUCUACUUUCGUCUUGGAUGAAUGGAAGAGAAAAUACUCUAACGAAGAUACCAGACCUGUUGCUUUGCCAUGGUUCUGGGAACAUUACAACCCAGAAGAAUACUCUCUAUGGAAGGUUGAAUAUAAAUAUAACGAUGAAUUGACUUUAACUUUCAUGUCUAACAACUUGAUUGGUGGUUUCUUCAACAGAUUGUCUGCUUCUACCAAGUACAUGUUCGGUUCCAUGGUUGUCUAUGGUGAAAACAAUGACAAUGGUAUUGUCGGUGCCGUCUUGGUCAGAGGUCAAGACAGUGUCCCAGCCUUUGACGUUGCUCCAGAUUGGGAAUCUUACAGCUACACCAAGUUGGACCCAACCAAGGAAGAAGACAAGGAAUUUGUUAACAAUAUGUGGGCUUGGGACAAGCCAGUCAACGGUAAGGAAAUUGUUGACGGUAAGGUCUUGAAAUAA